ACUGUGCUAAAGAACAUGACCUUGCAGAUACCGAACGGCAAAGUUGUGGCCCUCGUUGGCCACUCCGGAAGUGGUAAAUCAACAAUAGUCUCAUUAUUGGAACGGUUCUAUGACGUGGAUACUGGAGCGGUUAAAAUCGAUGGGCACAAUAUAAAAAAACUAUGUCCCAGUUGUCUACGAGGGAAUAUUCUAGGAAUUAUAAACCAGGAACCAGUCCUGUUUAAUACGUCCGUACUGGAAAACAUUCGAUAUGGGAAUCCGAAAGCCACGAACGCCCAGGUAUACUCAGCCGCGAAGAUAGCAAAUGCUCACAAUUUCAUUACGUCCUUUUCACACGGGUACCACACUGUCGUGGGUGAACGAGGUGUCACCUUAUCCGGUGGACAGAAGCAAAGAAUUGCUAUCGCUCGAGCCCUCAUUAAGGACCCGAAGAUCCUAAUUUUGGAUGAAGCUACGAGCGCAUUAGACACAGAAUCUGAACAACUUGUCCAAGAUGCUUUGGAAAAAGUCUCGAAAGGUCGAACCGUCAUCGUGAUUGCUCACAGGCUUAGCACCGUUAAAGAUGCAGACAUUAUCGCUGUUAUUUCAAAAGGAAAUAUCAUUGAGGUAAGUGACUGUGUGUUUCCUAUUCAACAGUGACAUUAUCUACACAACAAAGCACCCACUACA